GUUUUAUCCGCUUUCUUUUAUUUUUUUUCACCUUCCGAUAUCAAUCCUCUCCUUUAAUCCUUCAUUUCACCUUUAAAAUUCAAUAAAAAGGUAGAAGAAGGAUGCAGUUUGGUUUUAUUGAAAAUUCCAUUGUGUUAGACGAAGACGAAAGGAUUUUAUAUGUUCAUAAGUCAUGUCUGGUGCUUCCCACCAUUGUAAAUAGUUGCUGCUCUUUAAAAGAACUCAAACCGGAUUUGCUGCUGCCGUUAAAAUAUCUCCUGAGGGUAGACACAGUUGAUUCACAGGCUGUAGUUCUCCAUUUUCUUUCGCCGUCUACUAAAAAAUGCAGCCACUGUACUGUGUUUUCCUUAAACGACGCAAUUGAAUUUCGAGAGAGUUUGAUGGAAAAGGGCUAUACAGGUGCCCAUGGAUUUAAACGGUUUUUGGUUCUCAUCAAUCCAUUCGGCGGACAAGGAAAAGCAAAACAAAUUUGGCAACAGAGCGCUUCACCUGUGUUUCAAACCGCUCAUUUGGACUGUCAGGUUAUUUUCACGGAGUACCGGAACCAUGCUAGAAGCAUCGUUCGAAAUAUUGAUCUGAACACGUUGGAUGCGAUUCUGUCUGUUGGUGGUGAUGGACUUUUUCACGAGUGUUUGAAUGGGUUAGGUGACAGAAAAGAUAGUGAUUCUGCAUUUGAAACGCCUCUCUGCAUGAUUCCUGGUGGGACAGGAAAUGCAUUCAGUUAUAAUGCUACCCAACAGACACAUCCAGCUUUAGUGGCCCUGGAGAUUGUAAAAGGAGUAAAAAAGUCAUUCGAUUUGAUGAGUUUUGAUCAAAAUGGGAGUAGAUCAUAUUCAUUUCUUUCGGCAAACUACGGUAUCAUAGCUGACAGUGAUGUGGGAACAGACAAUCUGAGAUUUAUGGGUGAAAACCGAGCCUUCCUUGGAUUUUUCCUUCGUUUAUUGCAAAAGCCUAGUUGGAAUUGCAAAGUGGAAAUGGAAGUCGUCUCCUCUGAUCGGAACGAAAUUAGAAAAAAUUACCUACAGCAUUUACAACGAACUUCCGUUAACAGAGAUGGUGGGUUUGCAGACAACAUAAUAAAACUUCCAUUAUAUAAUGAAGAGAAUAUAUCUCGAGUCAAUCUUGACAUUAAUGAUCUCUCGGUCUUCUAUGCAGGUCUUCUACCUUAUGUCGCUGCUGAUAUGCGAGUGUUUCCUGCCUGUCAUGUUGAUGAUGGUUUAAUCGACAUUGCUGUCGUUCGCGCAAAUCCGUUCCGUAAAUCCUUACUUAGCAUAUUUACGUGUGUCGAAAGUGGUGAGCAUUUCUAUUCCAAAUACUUAUCCUACUACAAAGUUCGAUCGUUCCGUUUUACACCUAUAAACACAGGGCACCAUCAUUUUUUUGUUUUGGAUGGAGAGGAAUAUCCUUUUGAGCCCUUUGAAUGUCGUGCUGCUCCUAGCUUAGGGACUACUUUGGCUUCUCAAGCCGGAUUUAAACUUUUAAGCUUAUAAACCCGGGUUUCUUAUUAUGCCUCUUGAGCUCCCUUCUCACAUCAUACCUUUUUAUAAUUAAUCGGUUUUAAAGCGGUUAGUCAUUUUGUUUUGCAUUGUUAAUAUUCCACAGACAAUAUACUAAACUAUACGUUUACCUUCUUUUAAAAUUCGAAUCUGAAAUACGAUCUAACCAUGGAAAUUUACAACGUUCUUUUUAUUCUCUUCAUUCUUUUCGCUAUGAUUCAGGCUCGCAAAAUCGCAAUAGUCCAUUGCAUGUUAAAUAAAAUUUUAAAUUAUAGCCUUAAAUCAAGCAAAGAAAGAUUAUAAAAACAGCUUUGUUUUUAUGGAUGCUAAUAAAAAUAGAAACUAACUGGGACUUUUGCUUUUUCAAGUCGUUUCAUUUUCCUAUUGUUUACUAUUUACUUCCUCACAUCAUCUCUACCCAACUUCACAAUAUAA